CAUUAUUUUAUACAUACACAGUACACACAUCCCUAAACCCCCGAUUCCUUCCUCUACACUCUUUCUUCUCCUUUCUUCGCAAAAUCCCACUCCCUCAAAACCCCCCCCAACUCUCCCAGCCCCAAUUUCAUAUCCCCUUCAAUCUCCUCUCCCAUCACCAAUGAAGCUCUUGCGCCUCUCCUCUACCGACGACGCCAACCCCUGGCCACCGGGCUUCCGCUUCCACCCAACUGAUGAUGAGAUCAUACUCUACUAUUUGAAGAGGAAGAUCUGUGGCCGAAAAAUCAAGCUCGAUGUUGUCGCUGAUAUCGACGUCUACAAAUGGGACCCUGAGGAGUUGCCUGGGCUUUCUAAGCUAAAAACUGGUGAUAGACAAUGGUUCUUUUUCUGUCCAAGAGAUAGGAAGUACCCAAAUGGGGCAAAAUCAAAUAGGGCAACCAGUCAAGGGUAUUGGAAAGUGACUGGGAAGGAUCGUACUGUGAAGUGUAAUUCUCGCAAUGUAGGAGUCAAGAAGACGUUAAUUUUCUAUAGAGGUCGUGCCCCGAAGGGUGAGCGUACUGACUGGGUGAUGCAUGAAUACACUAUGAAUGAGGAGGAGCUCACAAGAUGUACAAAUGUGCAGAGCUAUUAUGCUGUUUAUAAGGUCUUCAAAAAAAGUGGACCUGGUCCGAAAAAUGGUGAGCAGUACGGUGCACCAUUUAAAGAAGAAGAAUGGGUUGAUGACGAAUUCUGUGAUUUUAAUUUCUCUGAUGGUCAAGAGAUGCCUGCUGAGAAACCUAAGAUGGAUGCCACUGAUAUUGAGGGAGAGACUUGCCAAGCUACACAUUUUUCAUUAGACGAUUUUGAUAGGUGGAUGAAACAAAUUUCUGAUGAGGACUUAUUUCAGUCUCUAGAAGCUGAUCCUUUUGCCAACUCCUUAUCCCUGGGCGCUGGUCAAGAAGAUCAUGUGAGUACCAUUGAUCUACAUUCACCAGAGUAUAUCCUUCCUAGAUCAGUUGAAAUGUGUAAUUCCGAGCAGCAGCCGAGUAUUUUGCCUGAAAGUGACUCCAACUCAGAUGUCUCUCAACUGCAUCUAUUCCAGAAUCAUGAUGCCAGAUCUCCACCCAACGUUUCUGAACUACCUAGUUUUCUAUUUGAGGGAGAUUAUCUGGAAAUGGAUGAUCUUGGUGGUCCUGAAUUCAAUCUAUCAAAUAUUGAAAAACCAUCAGGAUCUGGGAACUUGCAGUUUGAAGAGAUAAAUGGUCUCAAUGAGCUCGAUCAAUUCCAUGAUGCAGCCAUGUUCCUUAAUGAUUUCGGUCCUUUCGAGUAUGGACCUUCUCCAAAUUUAUACAAGAAUGAAAAUUCGAGUAAUGUGGUAAACCCCAUGGAUGGUCAGUUUCAAUCAAAUCCCGCAGUCACCAGCCAGAUCAGCAAUCAAAUGCUGUAUGAUUCAGCCAUAAAUGGCUUGGCUUCAUCAGAAACGCAACGAACUUCAGGUGUGUUAUGUGAUUCUUCAAAUUUUGUUGGCGAAGCAAAUGAAAAUGAAGUAGGGGAGGACAACUCUGCUAGUCGGGUCUCUUCCGUUUUCUGGGCCUUUGUUGAAUCUAUACCUACUACCCCUGCAUCCGCUGCAGAGGUUAACGAGUCCUUUGAUCGAAUACCGAGCUUCAGUAGGAGGAGAUUAAAUAUGAACAGCACGACAGUUUCUAGUAUCAAUUCUUCAUCUCUCAUUACUAGGAGAAGUGGCAGCAAAAAGGGUAGGUUCUUUCUCUUCUCUAUUGUAGGAGCAUUAUUUGCCAUCUUAUGGGUAUUUAUGGGAGCUGUUAGAAUGUGGCAAAGAUCCAUAUCCUUAUGAAUCUGAAAAUGACCAAUUUUGAACUUUGUAAAAAAGAAAAUGAAAAAAAGAUUGACAAAAAUGAAAAAAAAAAAAAAAUUUGUAAAAGGUGAAUAUGCUGAGUAUUUUGGGUCUGUAAAGAGUAUGGUUUUGUUAAGUGGCACUUUGUAAUGCAAGUUUAUAAUUAUUAACAAAGAUCCUUUGGUCCUUAGUGCUUA